AGUUUUCUGUGACUACUUUUGGAAGUGAAAGAGUUAUUUUGUUCUCCAAUUUAAUGAACAGUCCAAGUUGGUGACAUUUCUUCAAUUUAUAUGCGACGGUUACACUUUCCUAAGCUUACGUUAAGAAACAGAGGGUUCCUCACUCAUUUCAUAUCUUAGUGUAUCUAGCAGUGUGAAGAAAGAAGCAGAAUAAUCUUUCAUAGACAUUGUUCUGUUUCAACAACUGUGUUCUCCAUUUUUGCAUAGUUCCUCAACUUCAACAGAGAAAAAUAGGAGAAUGGAUUUCAAUGGAAAUACCGUGAGUACUGAAUCAACUGUGGUAGCCAAAGGAAAAAGAGACGAAGAAAACACUGUGUCUGCUACUGACAUAAAUGAAGAUCUCAGUAUAGAAGUUUUCAAAAUUUCUCUGCAUGAAACUGAAAUUCAUCCCUUAAAGAGAAGACUAAUUGUUCUUGAUAUAAAUGGAUUGUUAGCGGCUGUAGUUUCUUCUCCACCAAAGGAUCGCAAACCUGAUAUAACCAUUGGAAGGAGAGCAAUAUUUAAGAGACCAUCUUAUCUUGAUUUUCUGGAGUUUUGCUUAGAAAAAUUUGAAGUUGGCAUAUGGUCAUCAAGAUUAAAGAAAAAUGUUGAUAGAAUCAUUGACGGUUUGAUGCCAUUUUUGAAAAACAAAUUGCUUUUCUGCUGGGAUCUUUCUUAUUGCACUGAAACACACUUCAAGACUCUCGAGAAUAAAUAUAAAAAUGUUGUUUUUAAGGAUUUGAGGAAACUCUGGGAUAAGCAUGAUCCUAAUCUUCCAUGGAAGAAAGGGUAUUACAAUGAAUCCAAUACUUUGUUGUUGGAUGAUUCUCCUUACAAGGCAUUGCUGAAUCCUCCAAACACUUCGAUUUUCCCUCAUACAUUCUGUUAUCAUGAUGAAAACGACAGCUCUUUAGCUGAAGGAGGAGAGCUGAGAGUAUUUCUAGAAGGCUUGACAAAAGCUGAAGAUAUGAGAAAGUAUGUUGAGGAACAUCCCUUUGGCCAAGAAGCCAUUAGUAAAACAAGUGAUUCUUGGAACUUCUACAGUCAGGUCAUUGAGAGUCUAUCUGCAGAGAAAGCAAUGUCUGAUUUGAAGAGAAAAUGAAACAAAAGGGUCUUCUUUUUGUCCUCAAACAUUUUUGUUUUGAUCUAAACUUUCUUUGAAUAUGACGGAAGAUUUUGAUUUAGAUUAAUGUUUCUGCUACAAAACAGGAUGCUACAUGUUAUUAUGGAAUUGGAAUGGUGUUUUUUUCCUGCAAACUUCAUCAAUCACCGGAUAUGGUGGCUGAGAUAUUGUUUUGG